AGAUUAAAUUAAGUAUUUUUUCUGGUUUUAAUUGUUAAUUUUACCAUCUUUAACCUGUAAAUUGUAUUUUUCUUUUCUUUGUUUGUAUAAAACCUUUGGAUUUAGUGUACAACAUGGGUGGACACAGACACUUUGGAAAUCUUUACCAUGUCAAGAAUAUUGUUUACUUCAGAUUGGCUAAUUUUGAAUUAGAUCCCUUUAAAAAUUUCUGGAGCACAAGCUUUCGUCACAUUAAAGGAGAUUUCUUAAGGUUCGGUGUGUUUGCUGUUGGAGCUUAUGCACUCGCUCAUACUGUUGUUCAUCUCGCCGAUGUCGUCAACGAACGGGAAUCAAGGAAGAAACCUGGCCAAUUCGAUCAUGAACAAUAAAUUAGAUGAAUAGCAAUCUAAAUCAAUAGUUAUUACAUAGAUAGCUAGUUUUGUUGCUCUUCUGUGUCAACAAAGCUCAGUCUCUUAAUGGAUUAAAGUUGUUUCUCUUUUAAAGAAUAA